AUGAAGAAGAGGCGGGGCCCGGCCGGCGCUGCGGGGGCUUCACCCGACAGCAGGCCCCCUGGGGACCCGAGAGCCGGGGCAGGGGGGAGGGCGAGGCCGCAGCUGCCCUGUACCCCGCAGCCCGAGGACGACGAGGGCGACGAGGGCGACGAGGGUGACGAGGGCGACGAGGGCGACGAGGAGGAAGAGCCGGCGCUGGAGGAGCUGGAGCAGCGCGAGGUGCUGGUGCUGGGCCUGGAUGGCUCCGGGAAGAGCACGUUCCUGCGAGUCCUGUCGGGGAAGCCGCCGCGGGAAGGCCACAUCCCCACGUGGGGCUUCAACUCCGUGCGGAUGCCCACCAGGAACUUCGAGGUGGACCUGCUAGAGAUCGGCGGCAGCCAGAACCUGCGCUUCUACUGGAUGGAGUUUGUGAACGAGGUGGAUGUGCUGGUGUUCAUGGUGGACUCGGCUGACCGGCUGCGGCUGCCCUGGGCCCGGCAGGAGCUGCACAGGCUGCUGGACAAGGACCCCGACCUGCCUAUCGUCGUGGUGGCCAACAAGCAGGACCUGAGCGAGGCCUUGAGCAUGGUGGAGCUACAGCAGGAGCUGGGUCUACAGGCUGUCAACAGGCAGCGGGAAGUCUUCCUCUUGGGAGCCAGCAUCGCCCCUGCAGGACCCGGCUUUGGAAACCCUGGCACCGUGCACAUCUGGAAACUACUCUUGCAGCUUCUCUCCUAGGUGGGCACCACCUGUUCGCCGACCAGCCCUUGGGUGCCCCAGUUCCGCUGCUCCUGCUUCUUCCUCUCCCGCCUGGGCCUGGGCCAGGAGCUACACAUCCCUUCUCUCCUUGCCCUCAUGAGCAGGGUCUGGGCAAGGCCAAGAACCACGAAGAAGCCUUCCUGGUGAGGUGGCAAUGGGGCUGAAGCGGGGAGGCGGAUGGGGCAGAGGGCGAGCACAGAGAGUAUCUGGCUUCUUCCGGACAGAAGGGGAUCCAGCGUUUACAGUGAGGGCGCCUCCCGACCUGUGUGGUGAGAUGCUCAGUGGGCUCAGUGCUCCCUGCCCUGCAGGUUCCUGUGGCUGAGGGCCAUCUAGGUGUCAGAAGUACUCCCAGUCUAGACUGUUCGCUCCUGGCAACUGCAUGCUCCUCCUCGAGGGUGGUUCUGGACAGUGAACCCUGGCUCUCAGCUCCACAUUGUCCUUCAGCCCAGCUCUGCCCAUCUGGCUUAUGGCCUUGACCAGUCUCUCCCUCUGGCCCCAGGGCCAUCAUUUUGAAAGGAUUUCUAUGGUUUUCUCAAAUUGGGAGAUGCAUUUCCCAGCAACAGAGAUAAGAAAUUGAGGACAAACCUGAAGGUCAUCAUAUCAAGGAUCUGAAACCCCCCGCCUUCCCCAAGCCAAGGCCUGGCCCACCAGCCUCUCAUGACUGUAGAAUAAGAGGUGCUCAUCCUCUAAUCAGAAAAACUGAAAGCUUUCCCCCACCAAGUCUGGAGGCAAAAGCUGCUGCUAUUGUGUUAACUGUGCCAGCGCCCAUGCUUUCGUAAGUGGGGAGACUGGAGUCCCAUUCCCCAGGGGGGAAGAAGACCGAAGACGCCCAUCAGAGCUGGGCAUCGUGAUUAUUUAUUUAUUUAUAGAGGGAACAGGCCAAAGACUUACGCUCUGUUUCUAGGUGUGUUAUCAAAACCCCAUGUGACUGUCAUGGAAAAUUUGGAUCUUUGAGGAAAAUAGCUGGAAUCAUGAAUGACAAAGUGAUAAGCUAUAAGCCGUAGCUGCCCCUGCCCAUUGGCUGUAAUUGAUGUCAGUGUACUUCACACUGAUCCACAUGAAUGUAACUCCAUCAGUAGUCAGACCCCUUCUAUAUAGGUAACAAAGGACUCUGGGAAAGGAAAUUUCAGUCAUGUAAAUCCAGGUGAAAAGAAAUGAAAGACCUAGCAGACCAGCCAGUGGGGUAGCCUGGGGCUCGUGGCUCAGCCUUUUAGACCCGUGGCUGCCCAGCCACAGUGGAGCUGGAGGGAACGUCCGUUCUCUCCGUACACAGAUUCUCCUUCCAGGGACCAGCCAGCCUAAGGGCCGUCUUGUCUGCACCGACAUUCUCUUUAGUGCAGGCGAAGGAAGGGGCCUUGUCUGUCGUGGCCACUGAAUUAACAGCCGCAAGUGGACUUUUGCGAGAGCAGAUGCCCGACUCAGUUUGCUUUUCCGUUGAGAACAGGUCACGUGCCUUUGUUUCACUUGAUGUUUACUCUCUUCAGUUCUGUGGCUGGUGCAAGACAAGGGGCGGAGGGAGGCAGGAGAAGUGAAGAGUAGCCUGCUCUGCCCGGGGGCUGCAGGACUAACUUUCUGCAUUGAGUUGAUUUGUCUGCUUUUAUUUUCAAUAAUUAAGGAACGACUUGGGUUGUAGAAUAGCCUUUGAAACUUUUCUGACAACUUCUCGCUUCUGUGUUCUAUAAGCCCCAGCUGGUUUCCAGUGCUUGAAAGUUACCUUUGGGACCAGCGUUGGUGAGGGGACCCUUUUCUUCCCGAGAUCUGCCUUGGCCUACUGAGUACCACUAUGUAGUGCAAUUCUUAAAGUCCCCAGCAGGGGAAGGUGAACUUGAAUAGAGUUCAACUGCAUGUAGUUGAGCUGCUUUUAAAGACCACUCAGAAGUAAUGGGUCCCAGUGGCACCAGAAGACACACACUGCUGAGAGGCACUGCAGGGUCGGACUGCCACUCCUGAUACUUCUACAGAAUAGAGAUGUUCUGUUGGCCAGUGGAUGUGCCCCAGCAAGUCUGUGGCUGAAGCCUGCACUCCUCUGCUGGGGCUGCUGGCCUGUCCUCCAAGCAGAGUGCCACAGGGCCCAUCUGCUCUGAUUUCCAGGACCAGACGCUGCGCAAGGUGGGACAGCGUCCUUUCUUAAGAAAAGCUAGCUGCCUGGCCUUGUGGUGCUCUUACCAGUUGCUCCUGAAUGUGACGUUGAUUCAGGAACCCAGAUAACUGCUUUUGCAAACCAGGCAUUACCUGGAGCUGUUCAUCUCAAAGGGAGGUUCCUGAGCUAGCCAGGGUGACACCUUCCCGCCACUGCCCCACCUCUGCAGCUCCCGCCUACCUGAGCCUGGGAAUAUAGGGAGGAAGUGUCUGGGCAGUUCUUGUAAUGAAGAUGGCAGCAGGAAGGCUCUGGACCUGAGAGCAUGUGGGCACUAACCACGCGGUACCCACUCUUCACGAGGGAGGGAAGCCUCUGCUUAGCUGGGAUAUGUGGAUGGUCUGGGCAAGAGAGCUUGAGGAUUCUGGGACCAUCACCUUGGACUGCCUAUCCCAAGAAGCCUCUGGCACCUCUUGGUGCCCACAACUGCCCAUCACUGAGCAGUGGUACCAGCUCUAAGACUGGGGAGGGCUGGGGAGGGGAUGGUGUCAGUCCUCAUUGCCCCCAGCCCUCCGCAGAGGUGCUGGUGAAAAUGUCAUAACUGGACUAUCUGCCUGAAGGAAGCACCUGAUUCUCCAUACAACCUUUCCACCUGCCUUUGGAAAACACUUUGUUCUUAUGCUAGUUUAGUAGCAACUGCCAGCACUUUGCACCAGCUGCUGGAACCUGCCUGUGGUGUUGUCCUCUUGCCGCUGCUCCAGACCUUGAAUGGGACAGUGAGCAGUGUGCCUCCCACGCUUGCUGUCUACUUACAAGUCCUCAGAGUCCUUUCUAGUAGCUCUGAAAAGGGGACCCUCCAACUUUUCCUCAUCUGCUGUGUCCGGGAGAUGGGUGCACUAAGGAAUGGGGGAGGAUUCCCACCAAAGAUCUGGAAUAAAGGGCCUUGCUGCCCUGCCUGAGCCUCGCGAACCCAGACCCGCAGGCUGCUGAGGACAGACGGCGUGAGAUGGAGUGCAGGCAGCGCCCGAGGUACUACACAAUAAAUGCCAAAAACUCA